GCAGCGUGCAGGGCUUGACCGCCACCGACCUCGCCCAUCGACUUGACACCGCACUCUCGCAAUGGCGCUGGCUAUGCACCUGAUGCACCUGGUGCAAAUGGGCCUCGUUCCCGAGGACUAUGGUAUCGACUCGCAGUCGGUAAACUUCGAAGACAUGAUCAACCUCGCCGCCGACCUAGGCGCCACCCCGGAGACCAUCGGCGACGUUCUGGCUGAAAUGAGCACCAAAUUCAACCCGCCCACUGAUGGCACGACCGACGAAGAGGACAGCAAGUACGUGGAAGGCAACGGCGGGCUGCUCCGGCUGAAGAUGGCGAUGUCGCCGGAGGAACAAGAGGUGGCGGCGGUCGGAUACAAGGCGUGGUUUGAAGGCGGUGGCGGUCCACAGUACAUAAUACCUAAGGCAUCGCCGCGAACCUAUCUUAUAGCGACUCAGGUUGCUGCGCGCAGGGACCAAGACAAACAAUUCGCUACGCAGCUGGAGAAGGGCCAAUCUCGUUCCAUUGUGAAGGUGACUGGCUUUUCGAAGCACUCGAGUAAGGCACCAUGGGAUCAGCUGGAACCAAUACUGCUGUCGGACAUGUUUUUGCGUCGGCCCGCCACUGGCCGUUCUCUGCGAUGCCGUAUCAUCGCGCCCUGCACAUCGUUCUACGCUAUGCAGACAGUCGUGGAAGACGAGGAAGGAAACGCCUUCGAUUUUUCCUUCUACAACUACCCGACCACCUUCGAUGCCUCUCCGCAAGACAUCGACCUUCUAUUCCCCAAAGGUACCGUGCUCCUCGUCCGAGAACCGGUCAUAAUGCCAUCACAACAGAGCGACAAGCCGCUCGUCCGCGUAGAAUCGCCCACUGAUAUCGUGCCACUCGCACCGUACAGGCAGAUGCUUCCCGGUACGCGUUUCGAGACAACAACGUAUACGAGUCUCCCGGAACCUCUAGAGACACUGCAAACCGACGACUACUGGCGACUGCAGGGGAACGAGCACUUCAAGGCCUCUCGCUGGUUCCCUGCUGCUCUGGCUUACUCUCGUGGGCUCAAGAUCAACCCGGGCUCUCUGGUACUCCGGCUGAACCGCGCAGAAGCGUAUAUGCGCCUCGACUUCUUCUCUGGUGCCCUACAUGAUGCUCGCUCUGUCUUGGUCGCGUCUGAACUGCCCCCUGCGCUCCGGAACAAAGCUCUCCUCCGCGCGGCGCGUGCGGAGUACGGUAGGCGCAACUAUGCAAUCGCUAGGCAGCUCUUCCAGCAACAUCGGGGGUCUAGUACCAACAACGCUGAAGACGCGAAUUGGAUCCGCCGGUGCGAAGAUCGGUUACGUGAGAGCUCGACGGGAAAGUACGACUGGGCGAAAUUGUUUGAGGAGUCCCAGCGAACUAGCAGAUUGGAUGCUGCAGACUAUACUGGACCUGUGGAAGUCAAGGACGUGCCCGGCCACGGGCGAGGUAUUGUGGCAACGAAGGAUAUCGCGGCUGGGGAGCUCUUGGUACGGGACCUCCGCGCUGACAUGUGGCGGACCGCCCUCAACUGCAAGACCUCCAGCUUCAUGACGCGCUCCCAAUGCGCCAACAUCGCCAAGGCGGCGCAGACGAUCUACGGAAACCCGGACGUCUACGCGCAGGUCUUGCACCUCUACGCAGGCCCGGACUAUCCGCUGCCUCCAGUGACCUCUCCCCCUUCGCGUCUCGAUCUGCGACCCGUGGAGCCCCUCGAGCCAACAAUCAACCUCGACGUCGGCCGUCUCGAGGCGAUCUGCUUGUACAACUCCUUUGAUCAGUGCUCCCUCCAUCUGGCCGGCUACGAAUAUGCCGAGGACGGCGACAUGUGGCACUCGCCCAACGCGCUGCACCUGCUGCCGUCGCUCCUGAACCACUCCUGCGCGGGGAACGCGCGGGUGGUGGUGUUCGGGGACAUCCUCGCCGUGCGCGCCGUCGCGCCGAUCCGGGCGGGCGAGGAGGUGACGGUGCCGUACGUCUCCCCAGACAAGGGGUACCAUGAGCGCGCGAAGGCGCUGCAGCGGUACUUCCCGGCGGGCUGGGAAUGUGAGUGCGCGCUCUGUGUGCUGGACAGGGCGGACGGCGCGGACGCGCUGAGGCGGCGGGAGGCGGUGGUCCGUGGGUUGACGGCGGGGCCGCUGUUCCAGGAGCCGAUGGACCGCCUGCGCGGGUUCGAGGCGGCGCUACGGGCGACGUACGCGGAGGCGAGGGGGACGUACCGCCCGGCGCUCGCGCGGGUGGUCCACUCGAUCGGGGAGAAGCUCCGCGCGGACGUCGCGACGCAGACGGAGGCGUUGGAGACGACCGUCCGGGCGCUCCGGAGGCAGAAGGACACGCUGCCGGUGGACGUGACUGACCUCUCGAGGUGUAUGGAUGUGGAGAGGGGCGUGCUCGCGAUGCUAAGGAUAGCGGUGUGGUAUAGGGCGGAGGUGAAAAAUGUGGUGCAGGCGAAGAGGUGGCUGAAGGCGGCGCAGAGCGUGGUCAACGUCGAGUAUGGCGGAGGCAGGGAGCUGUUCCUGUCGCACGGAGCAAAGGUGCUGGAAAGUUUUGGCCUGACGCAGUAUGCCGAGACCGUCCUUUGAGAUGGUCGCCUGUCGGGCUAGAGGGUGUCACACACCUGUGGUACACCGUUAGUGGUGGUUUGUUUCUCUUGCAAUUGUACGAUAGAUCCGCACAUGUAG